AUGGGGGGAAUCAGACUGGCAUUAAAUAAGCCCAAGAAAAAUAAAGUACCAGUUUACAAUGCCACUUGUCAUUGUAGAAUUUGGGGUCGGGAAAAUUUUCUGUUCAGCACGCAGGAGGAGUCCACUGCUAAUCGGGAUCGGCUUCUAUCACGUCACCUUUAUAAUG